UAGACAUUAAUGGGGAAAAAUGGAAUAUAAUCCAUUUGUUCAGGAGUACAUCAGUGAAGUGAUAAAGCCAUGGAGACCCUGGAUCCUUAGCACAUUUGUCUGCAACACAAAUCAUGGAACCGAGGCGGCAAAUGAAACUUAGUACUCAGGAGUGCUCUCCCGGGGGGCACCGGGUACUUCAGAACCCUCACAGAAGUGUCCAUUUUGACUCACUGCACCUCCAGCAGUCAGCCACUCAAGACCUGAUAUGUGACCAUUCCCUUGCUGCUGGAUGGUAUCGAUUUCUCAUCUUCGACAGACCUGCUGAGAUGCCUACAAAAUGUGUCGAGAUGAACCACUGUGGAACACAAGCUCCCAUCUGGCUGUCUCUGAGAGAGUCAGAAACACUGCCUGCACCUGGGGAGAUCAAGCAACUGACAGCUUGUGCCACGUGGCAGUUUUUGCUGAGCACCACGAAAGACUGCUGUCUUUUUCAAAUUCCGGUGUUUGUAAGAAACUGUGGACAAUUUUUUGUGUACUUACUACAGCCCACUCAGGGAUGUAUGGGAUAUUGUGCAGAAGCUAUUUCUGAUGCAAAAUCACACCCAUGCAGCUCUGAUGAAAUCGAAGUUGAAGGUGACUGUGUUCGUCAGCUGUCUGCUUCAUUGACACCACCACCUCCAGGAAGGCCAGAGGUUGUGGUGGAGCUGAUUGAGUCCCGGGUUUUCUGUAGGUGUGCUUUUGAUGUUCCCCCUACAAACAACUCAGUGGGAUUUAUCAUAGCUUGGUCUAGGCUUUCUUCUCAAGAAGUCAAAGAGGAGCUGAAGCAAGAGACCACAGUUCGGGCCUACUCUCUUCUAGAACUGGAUGGCAUAAAUCUCAGACUCGGAGAUAGGAUAUUCUGCAUGGCUUCCAUAUUUUUCUUGAAGAAACCACAUGUAAAAAGUUUAGCCAUUGAAAGCCAAGAAUUUUUUGCAGGCAUUAAGUUAAAACCUGAAUUGAGCACUAUAUCAGAAGAUGGAAGAGCAUACCAGUUGAGGAUAGAGAGCACAAUUCCUGUUGUUUGUUCUAAAUUCAGUGAGCUUGAUCCGGAAUGCAAAAUCUCACUAAAACUGAAGACGGUCAAUCAAGGUAAAGAACAGCUAGGGUUAAAUUUGGCCCUGUCUUCCUGUCAUGUGGACCUUCCCCAGACUUCGUCCUGUGCUAACGGAACCUGUAGCCAGGCUCUUGUGUACUACACUGCUGUAACAGACUUUUCUCGCGAUGGAAAUAGAAUUACAGACAUUACAGUGGAACCUGUAGUUAAUGAGGAUUUCCUGUGGAACAGUUACAUUCCAGACAGCAUCCAGAUCAGAGUAAAGGAUGUCCCAACUGCUUACUGCUAUUCAUUUACUGACCCACAUAUAAUUACAUUUGAUGGCAGGGCAUAUGAUAAUUUCAAGACUGGAACAUUUGUGCUUUAUAAGAGCACAUCACGCGAUUUUGAAGUCCAUGUACGACAAUGGCACUGUGGAAGCCUUCACCAUCCUGUGUCAUGUAACUGCGGCUUUGUUGCCAAAGAAGACGGUGAUGUGGUUACUUUUGAUAUGUGCGGUGGUCAGCUACAGGAAUCACAGCCCUAUUUGUUUCUAAAGAGCCAAGAUAACACCAGUAAUAUCAGGAUAAGUGAAUCUUACUUAGGAAGAAAAGUCACAAUCUGGUUUUCUUCUGGAGCGUUUAUCCGUGCCGAUCUUGGUGAAUGGGGCAUGAGUUUAACAAUCAGGGCCCCUAGUUUAGAUUACAGAAACACCUUAGGACUUUGUGGCACCUUUGAUGAAAACCCCGAAAAUGAUUUCCAUGACAAAAAUGGGAUCGAAAUUGAUCAAACUUUUAAUAAUUGUGUUGCUUUUAUUAAUGAAUGGAGGAUUUUGCCCGGAAAAAACAUGUUUGACAUAAUGCCAACUUCUCUGCCAUCACCUGGAAAGCAAUCCUAUUGCAGCUGCUCCUUGGACACCACUUCACUGUAUCCAUCUUCUAACCAGCUGGACAGUGUUUCUCAAUCAGACACGGUUUCAAACUGCAAAGACCUCACACAUGUUAAAUUCUCUUCCUUAAUACCAGAACUAGAUAUCACCUCUAAAUAUAUUAAUCCAGAAGCUCUUCUCAGAGGGAUAAGCAAACAAACAUCUCAAGAAGAAAAUAAUUGGAAUUACUUUUCUCAAGAAGAAAAUCCGGUGAACCUAACCAAACUGGACUUAAAUUUACAAAAAUAUCCUGAGAAUGAGAAACAAGAUGCACCAAAAACGUUGGACAAUAGGACACACUCACGGGACCAGGUUAGCCACAGCCAAAACAGAUGGAAACGGGAAAACUUUUAUGAGUUCCUUCCUUUGUUUGCUUUCCAAAGUCUCAGCCAGAGUAAGCUGGAAGAAUUUACUUAUUUUUUCCCCGAGGACCAUACUGAGGAUAUCCCACAAGAGUUGGUUCCCACGUGGCCCACACCCUCUGGCCUCACAGAGUACAGCACGUUGGCACUGUGCCAGCAGACUCUAGCCAACUCCAGCAUAGGAAAGCAUUGCCUCACCUUUCUUGGCAAGACACUGGGCAGUGUUAUAGCUAUGUGUGUUAAGGAUGUUCUCCUAAAAGAUGAUCUUAGCUGGGCAGAAGCAGGUGUGGCCCUUUUAGAAAAUGAAUGUGAAAGGAGGAUUUUGGAAGAGGCGAACUAUAACACAGAAGAAUACGGCAAAUCAAUUGAAGACAUUCUCUUGGUAUUGAAAUGCCCCAAUUUUUGCAGUGGCAAUGGGCAGUGUAUGCACUGGGGGUGCAUAUGUUCCCCAGGCUUUAGGUCCUAUGACUGCAGUGAUUCACAGGACAAGGCUCCUGAAAUUAUAGAGCUUGAGAAUGCUGGAUUCUGUGAUGUUCAAAAACACAAUUGUAUGGUGGUGAGAGUUUUUGGUCAAGGCUUCAAAGAAUCACCUUCAUUUAAAUGUGAAGUUACUAAACUGCAGUAUAAUAGCAGUGAAUGGGUCCUUGGAGAAGCCAUCCAUGCACAUUCUGUUUUUCAAAAUAGCAGAACUGUUCAUUGCCGGCUGCCUGCUGAUGGCCAGCAAUCUGGUGCCACUGAUCUAAUGGGCGAGAAACCAACUGUGAAGUGGCAAUUAAAGGUAUCUAAUGAUGGCCAUCGGUUCAGUAAUCCCAAAAUAUUGACCAUAUAUGAUGGGGCUUGUCAAGUUUGUGGUCUCUAUGAGGAGGACUCAUGUACUAUAAAGGAAAAUGUUUGCAUUAUUGAUGGACUCUGCUACACUGAUGGAGAUAAAAAUCCUACCAGACCUUGUUUGAUUUGUAGACCUAAAAUUUCAAAAUUUACUUGGUCAUUUCUAGAAGACAAUCAACCCCCAGUGAUUCAAAUACAGCAAGACAAAUUACAGGCAUUUUAUGGGGAAAACUUUGUAUACCAGCUCAUGGCCCUUGAUCCAGAAGGCUCUGACAUCUAUUUUAACUUGUACUCUGGUCCUGAAGGAGCAAAUGUUUCCUCUGGAGGACUUCUUAUGUGGAAAGCAGAAUCACAAACUCCCCUGCCAUUCACGCUACUCCUUAGUGAUGACUGCAAUGUUGAAACGAAAGUCACAAUUGAGUUGACUGUGAAGGCUUGUGAUUGCUUGAACGGUGGAUCAUGUGUGUCUGAUGUUAAAUUUCCUCCAGGAAGUGGGGCAUAUAUAUGUGUCUGCUUGCCAGGCUUCCAGGGCAGUCUCUGUGAAGCGGCUGUCACUGAGUGCCAAUCAAACCCCUGUGGGCUUGGCAGAUGUGUUAGUGGUUUUCACAGUUAUUCCUGUGAUUGUCCACCUGAGCUCAAAGGCAAAAACUGCCAGGAAGAUGUUAACGAGUGUGAAUCUGGCCCUUGCUUUCCAGGAGUAGAGUGCCUCAAUACCUUUGCUUCCUACCAUUGUGGGCCAUGUCCUAAAGGAUUUUAUGGUGAUGGAAAAAUAUGUCAUGCCAUUUGUAGACACCCAUGUGGAAAAGGGAGGGAGUGUGUUGCCCCAAAUAUAUGCAAAUGCAAACCUGGUUACACAGGUUCUAACUGCCAAACUGCUGUAUGUCAUCCUGAUUGUAAAAACCAUGGAAAAUGUAUUAAACCUAACAUUUGUGAAUGUCCCCCAGGACAUACUGGAGCAACCUGUGAUGAAGAAUAUUGUAGCCCACCUUGUCAACAUGGUGGCACCUGCUUGGCUGGAAAUCUGUGUACUUGUCCUUAUGGUUUUGUGGGACCAAGGUGUGAAACAAUGGUUUGCAACAGGCACUGUGAAAAUGGAGGCCAGUGCCUUAUACCAGAUGUUUGCCAGUGCAAGCCUGGCUGGUAUGGACCCACCUGCAGUACAGCUUUGUGUGACCCUGUUUGCCUCAAUGGUGGUUCCUGUAAUAAGCCAAACACUUGCUUCUGUCCAAAUGGAUUCUUUGGUGCACAGUGUCAGAAUGCUAUCUGUCACCCUCCCUGUAAGAAUGGUGGGCACUGCACGAGAAAUAAUGUAUGCACCUGUCGUGAAGGAUACACUGGUAGGAGAUGCCAAAAAAGCAUCUGUGAUCCCAUGUGCAUGAACGGAGGAAAAUGUGUGGGACCAAACAUUUGCUCUUGUCUUUCUGGUUGGAGAGGGAAACAGUGCAACACACCUAUCUGCUUUCAGAAAUGCAAAAAUGGUGGUGAAUGUAUUGCUCCCAGUAUAUGCCAUUGUCCUGACACCUGGGAAGGAACGCAGUGUCAACUACCAAUUUGCAAUCAAAAGUGUCUUUAUGGAGGCAGAUGUGUACUUCCCAAUGUGUGUUCUUGCCGCACUGGAUAUUCUGGAGUCAAAUGUGAAAAGAAAAUACAGACUCUCCCAUUUGCCUCCACAAAUGCAGCUUUCUUAAAAUACCAAUUAAGAGACAUUCAGAAUAAUAUGCGUUGA